AGCGAAGAAAAACAAGCAUUUCAAAUAGACAAAUACAUCUGUAUGUAUUUUCGACUUACGUCUACCAUAUAUACAUAAUGUUAGCGUUGCCAGAACGCUCAGAAUUCCGUUGUAGAAUUUUUUAAGUCAUGAUGAAAAUCUACAGUAGCCUUCUGCUGCUUGGCGCAGUAGCGCAGGCCGACGCUAUUAUAAACUCUGGGUUUUCGAAGGGAGAUACAGUUACAGUAUGGUCAAGUAAAAUGGCCUCGCCGAAGACAGCAGUGCCCUACCCUUACUACCACUACGACUUCUGUGGCAAGGAUGAGGGAUUCCAAACACAGCCCGAAAACUUGGGUCAACGUCUCUUGGGUGACGACUACGAGUCCAUCGGAUACCCGAUCAAAUUUAUGGAGGAUACGGAGUGUGCCGCCGUGUGUACCAAGAAAUAUGAUUUCUCUAACAAGAAGGAUCACGGUAAAAUCAAGGAAUUAACGAAGGCAAUCAAGAAGAGCUAUAUGCACCACUGGCUCGUUGACAAUCUGGAUGUCAUAUUGAGCACAAUCCAGGGAGAAACAUACGUCCCUCACUCUAUGGGGCACCCAGUGGGAGCCAGACAACAGAACGGCGACAAGCACGAAGACUUCAUCUACAAUCACAUCGACUUCACAUUCUACUAUAAUGAUAUAGAGAGCACGGUAGAUCAGUAUCUGUCGCAAAACACGGGGAAGAAAUUCGGAAUCGUCGGUGUUAAUGUUGGCGUGAAGAGUCAGCACUCGUGCGCUCAGCCCGACUACUCAAAGUCCAUUGAACUGAACGAGAAGGUCAGGCAACUAGAAAUCCCAUACACGUACAGCGUCAAGUUCGUGCCCACGUCCACCAAGUGGGCGUCUCGAUGGGACGCCUAUCUUCAGGUAGAGGAUGCAUCUAUUCGCUGGUUGAGUAUUGCCAUCUCCAUGGCCAUUGUGGUCCUGCUAAGUGGGUUGGUCGCCAUGAUACUCUUCCGUACCGUGUACCGAGACAUCACGCGCUACAACUUGGCCAGCGGUGAGAGCGAGGACGUGAUUGAAGAGUACGGUUGGAAGCUGCUGCACGGCGAUGUGUUCCGUCGCCCAGCCCAUGGUAUGUGGCUGUCGGUUCUGGUCGGCUCAGGCGUGCAGAUGGUAACUGCAGUAGGUAUCGCCCUGUGCUUUGCGUUCCUGCACAUCUACUCGCCCACGCGCCGUGGCUCCGCACUAACCGGCGCAGUGACAUCGUUUGUGCUGCUCGGGUUCCCAGCCGGCUACACAUCCGCGAGAUUGUACGUGUCCUUCGGUGGUGAACGCUGGAAGACCAACUGUCUCCUAACCGCAUUCUUUUGCCCUGGAGUGGCGUUUGUUGUGUUCGCCGCACUCAACAUUGUUGCUGCGGUGUAUGGGUCAUCCAACGCCGUGCCAUUCACCAGCAUUCUAUGCCUGCUGGCUAUGUGGUUCCUAAUCUCAGUACCACUCUGCUUCCUGGGCGCUUAUCUGGGGUUUAAGAAGAGCGCUAUUGAGUUCCCUAUGAAAGCCAACCCAAUUCCCCGUCAGAUUCCUUUCCAGAGCUCAUGCGGAGGCCAUAUCAGUCCCAUGCUGCUGGGUGGUCUGGUCCCUUUUGCUGCCAUCUUUGUUGAGCUAUUCUUCUUCCUCAACUCGUUCUGGAACCACCGCCUGUACUUCCUGCCCGCGUUCCUAUUCAUCGUCUAUGCCAUCCUCCUGGUCAUCUCAGCCCAAGUAUCGAUUCUCACGGUUUACACACAACUGUGCGUCGAGGACUACCGCUGGUGGUGGCGAUCAUUCAUCGCGGCUGGCUCCACCGCUAUUUACUUUGCAAUAUACUCGUACUUCUACUUCUUCACCACACUGAAGUUCGUAGACCCCGUGAGUAUCCUGAUGUUUACAGGCUUCACAGUGUUAUGCUCUCUAGCAAUCAUGAUCAUGUGUGGCUCCAUCGGGUUCCUUGCCGGUCUGUGGUUCGUGCGAACCAUCUACUCCAGUGUUAAGCUCGAAUGAGAUGGAAAAGUACACCUGCGGUACCAACAUAGCACAAAUAUACAUAUAAUCUGCGAAAUAAUACCAAGCUAUACGCCGGCUGACACAAGUAUUGAAAGAAUCGAGAGCCGCAACUAACAAAUUACCAAAAUUCUCACGCGACCAGCCUUGAGUCACGUGAAGAUAAUAGAAACAUCGUAAGCACCA